AUGCGUCCGUCCUUGCAACAGUCCUCUUGGCUGAGCCGGCAACGUGGUAUUGCGGCACGUACAGGAAGACCAGGCCAAGGGGUCGAAAAAAAGAGUCAGAGUCAACAUGAGAUGCUACGCGAGGGUUACGAGGAGAUACGGCCUCGCUUGUGCCCGUCGAUUUGUCUCGCUUGUGCCCGCGUAGCCCGCUGUGUGAGAAAGGAGAACAUGGCAACGGACAAAGAUCAGGACGGAAUCGACCACAAGAUUCCAACAUGGAAUGGGGACUGGACGACCUUUUCUGACUAUGUCCUACGAGUGGAGCUUCGGGCCGAUGCCACGAAGAAGGAUGACAAGUUCCUCUUGGGCCCACGUUUAGCUGGAAAUCUCACUGGCCGAGCAUUUGACGCUCUUGGGGAAGUCAACCGAGAAGAGCUUCGUAAAGAAGGUGGAUGGAAGUACCUACUGGAAUUCCUUGAGAGCAAGAGAGGCGAAGAGAAGAUCGAUGUUCUUGGUGACCUUUUCACUGAGUUCUUUGUGAAAAAGGAGUCUCAUCGAAAGGACGGUGAGGAUCUUACCGACUAUGAACCUCGUUUUCGACAGCUGGUUCGACGUCUUGACAAGGCAGUGGCUGACACUGGCUCUACUGGGAAGAUCCCACAGAGCUGUACGGGUCGAGCCGAAUCAUACAAGCUGGAUGACAUCAUGGCGGCUUUGAAGAAGAUGUGGUCGGGCGGAGGACUCUGCGCCAAGGACUUGGAGAGAAAGAAAAGAAAGGAUGGCCAGACCUAUGUAGCGCAUCAGACCUCUGAACCAUCAAUCUAUCAUGAGACGGAGGAGACCUAUGAGAAAGAGUCUGUGACUGAGGAGCUUGAAGAGCAGGCCAUUCUUGAGGAUGCCAAGGCAUGGUAUCAAGAAGCUCUUGACGCUCUGCUGGAGGAACCAGAAGAUUCCACCAUCUUGGCAACCUUUAAAGAAGCCCGCAAAGCGCUCGAUGCAGCGCGGACGGCUCGUGGAUUCUAUCCAGUUCGGAAUCCCAAUGCUCGUCGCGAGGGCUCCAAAGGCUUUGGCAAGAAGGGCUACUCUGGCAAAGGUGGUGACAAUCCACAUGCUGACAAACAGUGCCUUCGAUGUGGAAAACGAGGUCAUAUUGCUAGAAACGGUCCUCAACGUCCCCAGCAAGGCCGAGGCAGUGCUGAAGGAAAUGGGGGCAUUGGCUUUGUAGAACAGCUGGAACUUCUGGGUUUUGCUGCGGCUGAUGAGAUCUAUGUGGAUCGGCAACAGCACAAGAGGUUCACCUUUGGCAACAAUGCCAGUGCAGCAGCUCUCGGAAAAGCCUAUGUGAAUGUCGGCCUCUUCGGGCAUCAGCUGGAAGUGGAGGUUCAUCUCGUUGAGGGUGCUACGCCCUUCCUGCUGAGUGCAAAGUUUCUAGCAGAUCUGAAUGCAGUGGAAGAAGCUGGUGGCAGAGCCGUUGCACUAGGACUUCAAAAUGGGUACGAUCUCACGACUAGGACCAUUCAUCGGAACUUAGGACAUCCAUGUCAGAGCACCAUGUUGCGGCUGCUUCGCGACGCUGGAGCUGACGAUGCGCCCCGUUAUCGGCUCAAUUCCAAAAGACCAGCUGACGAACUUUUCCAACCUCCCUUAAAGUGCCUUUCGACGAAGACUCUGUUGAGCUUCGACCUCAUGGCGACCAAGAUGGACCUGAAGACUCUGUACCAGAAGAGCCAGGAGGGAAACGAAUCAGAAGAGAUUCAGCAGUUCCAGAAUCUGUCGAUGGAAGAGAUGGGACAGGAAGUCAUGAGCUUCGGCAAGUACCAGAAGAAAACAUUUCCGGUGGCUUACGAGGACAAGGGCUACGUGAAGUGGUGCGUGGAGCACGCCGACUACGACAAGUCCUGCCAGGGCAUGAAGAAGUGGUUGGUGUACCUGCGUCGCAGGUUGGAGAUGGAACUUCAGGAGAAAGAGGCCAACGGAAGCGGCGGCCCUCCAAAGAUGCCAGUCAGCUCCGUGAGGAACAAGGCGAAGACUGCACCUCACACCCAUCUCCCGGACAAAGUCGUGGAGACCAAGAUUCCCAUGGAUCUGAUGAGCGAGAUGAGCAGGGAGUGGGAUCCUGUGGAGACCACGAAGUUGGAGAUUCUGGAAGGGGAGCUGAUGCAAGUCUCUUCUCGUCUGGAUCAAGUCGAAGGACUGCACCAUCGCAUGAACCAGGUGGAGGGUGUCCUCCAGGAGAUCCUAUCAGUCAUGAAGUCGAAGGUUGGUGUUGAUGGUCAGCGUUGUGACUUUUCUGAUUUGGUCGGUUCCUCUGCUGUUGUUGAAUUGGUGUUUCAAAUUGCUCCUCGUGACAUCCACUCUCGACGUGGUGAGCAGUCUGAGCUUGAUGAGGAAAUUUAUGAUUUACCACCACCGGAAGUUCGGGCUCAUCUGCAAAUGACCCCAACUCAAAUUUUGCGAAUUGCCAAGGCGAUUUACGGUCUCUUAAAUGAGAUCUCAGACAUUGUCCUUUCUCAGGAACGACGUGCGCAGACUCAAGAUCCGAUCUCUACUCAGGAGAAGACUGAGAUGAGGCAGCGGUUGGGAGCCCUAAAUUGGCGGGUAUUGCGGCACGUACAGGAAGACCAGGUGGUCUGCAAAUUGAUGCUUGCAGAUUGCAAUGGCAAUGGGCUGGGUGCGUUUGUCUUGCUGGUAGCUGCGGCUGGUGGCGUGGUUCGACAUUCGGACACUGUGGUCAGCUUCAGGUGCGAUGUUACUUUCGUCUUUCUAGUGCGUGGCAGGAGAAAUUUGCAAGAUGACCAAAUAUUUGAGAUUCCGCCGCCAUCAUCCGCAGUGCAACCGCAAUUCAUGCUGGUGAUCCUGUCAGUGUCGCUGCUGGGGGUUUGGUGGUGCUGCAAGAGGAAUGAGACUCUACCUCCAGUGGUCGAGGUGCAGGGCUUUCAGAUCCCGGUAGAUCAGCUAAUCCACACCAAGGACCCGCGAACAGCAUAUCUGUUGCUCUUUGCUGCCGGCCUGGUUGGUUGUCAUCACUUCUAUUUGGAUCGUUUGCUGCACGGAUGCCUUGCAGCUACCCGACUGACGGUUGGCAUUUCAAUCCACUGA